UCGACAACAAACGAAGUAAUGUGGUCAGAGGAUGAAAUUAGCCGCAUACUGGAAAUUUUUCCAGACGCUUUGGAUUCCGAUGUCCUAAUACCCCGUCCCACUGAACGUCCUUCCCUUAUCCAUAAAAAAGCAAAACAAUCUGGAUUAAAUUCUGAUGAACAAGAAAUUAACGAACGAAGACAGAAGACCGUUGCUUCUCUUGUCGAUCCUAUUUGGGAAACCUUGGAUCCCACACCAGACAUACGCGCUUUGUUCAUGCAGUUCGACCAGACUUAUUUCGAUGGAAAGCUCACAGCAGUUGAAAUUCGCUGGAGUCCGCGAAUGACGUUGUGCGCCGGCCUAUGUUGCUAUGAGGGACGUGGUGGAUUGUGCUCCAUUCGUCUCAGCGAACCGCUGUUGAAACUUCGUCCUAGAAGCGACUUAAUUGAAACCUUGUUGCAUGAGAUGAUUCACGCUUUCCUGUUUGUUACUGAGAAAGAUAGAGUUUUUCACACAUUUCAUCGAGAAGUGGAAAACUACCAAAAGCAUUGGUGGCGUUGCACCGGUGUAUGCCGUCAAAGGCCACCAUUUUUCGGCUACGUGAAACGGGCAAUGAAUCGUGCCCCGGGACCAAACGAUACCUGGUGGGGUCAACAUCAAGCAUUAUGCCAAGGACAUUUUGUUAAAAUCAAGGAGCCAGAAAAAGUGAAACGAUCCGGCAGCGGUGGUAAGAAAAGCUCAUCGAGCAAAUCGUCCACUUUAUCUGCCAUUUGCAGAAAGAAAAGAAUAUUGGAAAGUUCCGGCGAAAAACCGGCUAGUGACAUCCGCUCGUUUUUACAUACUUCCACUGCUAUUGCAUCCACCUCGGUUUCACAUGACAAUCCAAAAGCGGAGUCCGUUAACCGGUCCCCGUCCCAAUCCGAUCUCCAACCUGUUCCUACUCAACCGGAGCAUUGUUGGCCAGAAUCUGGUCACGUUUUGGGUGGAGUUUGCAAGCCUAAUGAAAGCAGAUUGUUAAUGCUGGAUUCGAAAACCGAACUGGCCAAACGUCCACUGGCUAAGGUCGUCGAUCCCAGUGCUUAUGUCGAUCUAUCUCCAUCUCCAGAAAUGGAACAUGAAUCCGUGUACAAUCCCAAUCUGACAACAUGCCCCGUUUGCUCAGUGCUGAUUCCUUUGUCCCAGAUUAACAGACAUCUAGAUAUUUGUCUUUUGUAA